AACUCGCUUUCCUCUCGCCAGAACCAGGAGGAGGCGGCAGAGGAGGAGGAGGCGGAGGCUCUCGCUGUGUGGAGAUAGCGUGAGGGGAGCCCAGGCUCUGCCGCCACCCCGUCUUCUCCCACGCAUAGGAAGACCCAGGAGAAGGAGGAGCAGGAGCAGCAGCGGCAGCUCCAGCUAAGCCCGGUCUGAGGCGAGGCUGCGCGGCUGCUCUGCUCUCUCAGUCCUUGCUUGGCGCUCUCUCCCCUCUCUUUCCCCGCCUCUUCUCGCUCCCAACAUGUCGGCGCCGCCGGCCAAAGUCAGCAAGAAGGAGCUCAACUCCAACCACGACGGGGCCGACGAGAUCUCAGAUAAAGAGCAACAGGAAGCAAUUGAACAUAUUGAUGAAGUACAGAAUGAAAUAGACAGACUGAACGAACAAGCCAGUGAGGAAAUUUUGAAAGUAGAACAGAAGUACAACAAACUCCGCCAACCAUUCUUCCAGAAGAGGUCAGAAUUGAUCGCCAAAAUCCCAAACUUUUGGGUAACAACAUUUGUCAACCACCCACAAGUAUCUGCACUGUUGGGAGAAGAAGAUGAAGAAGCGCUGCAUUAUUUGACCAGGGUGGAGGUGACAGAGUUUGAAGACAUCAAAUCAGGUUACAGAAUAGAUUUUUAUUUUGAUGAGAAUCCAUAUUUUGAAAACAAGAUGCUCUCCAAAGAGUUUCAUCUGAAUGAGAGUGGGGACCCAUCAUCAAAAUCAAGUGAAAUCAAAUGGAAAUCUGGAAAGGAUCUGACAAAACGCUCAAGUCAGUCACAAAACAAGGCCAGCAGAAAGAGGCAGCAUGAAGAACCGGAGAGCUUCUUCACCUGGUUCACAGACCAUUCUGAUGCUGGUGCCGAUGAACUAGGCGAGGUCAUUAAAGAUGACAUCUGGCCGAACCCAUUACAGUACUACUUGGUUCCCGAUAUGGAUGAUGAAGAAGGUGAGGGAGAGGAAGAUGACGAUGAUGAGGAGGAAGAAGAAGGCUUGGAGGACAUUGAUGAGGAAGGUGACGAAGAUGAGGGAGAAGAAGAUGAAGAUGAUGACGAGGGAGAAGAAGGAGAGGAGGAUGAAGGAGAAGAUGACUGAACACUGACAGAUUCCAACCACCCUCUUUCCUCCCCAUUUAUCUCCAGUCCCUGGGAGCAAGUUGCUGUCUAUUCCCCCCCCCCCAUCCCUUUCGUGCUCAGUCGCCUUGUUCUCCUGAGGUCUUUUUUUCCUCUCCUUCACCAUGGUUCACAAAUAAUUUUGCAGAAAAUAUCAAGCAGCAUUUGGUGGAAAUGAAAUCUUUACUCAUUUUGUUACCCUCCCCACUUCCUCUUUUUGAACAAAACAAAACAAAAACUUUUAAUAAAAUCAACACACUGUGUUCUGUGGGGAAGAAAGAGCCUUCUCCCUUCACUCUGCUGGAAUCUGAAGAGUGCUAGGCCCCUGUGUAGUAGUGCAUAGAAUCUAGCUUUUUCCUCCUUUCUCUGUAUAUUGGGCUCAGAGAUUACACUGUGUCUCUAUGUGAAUAUGGACAGCAUUUACCAACAUGUAUCUGUCUACUUCUCUUGUUUUUUAAUUAAUAAAAGCUUAAAAAAGGAGGGGGUUAUAGACAAUGUAAGCAAGGGUGGGUUUCAGAUGUUGGGGUGGGUUAAAGGGGCAUUUGAACAAAACAAUACGUCUCCUUUGGCAUGUUUAAUCCCAAUAAACAUCCUUGCAGUUUAAAAUAUGACACUUAGGAGAUUUUAUUCAUUACAGUUGAGCCCUGCCACUUGAUGGAGAAUCAGAAGAACCUGUAGAACUUUUAUUUGGAUUUUCAUUCUCUAUUGUAAUUUUGUUCUUUGUUUUGUUUUUUAAAAGAAUUUUGUUCUACUGGAAAAAGAAAGUUGCUCAGUUCUGAAUGUUAAAAAGUGUACAAGUUGCUUUGUUACAAUAAAACUUAAUGUGUACACAA